AUGAAGUUGUUGAAUGAUUGGGAAAAGGAAGAGGUGAUACACAAGAGUAAGAUAGUGAACUUUGAUUUCCUUGUUGAACGGAAUUUCAUUGACGAGGUUAAGGAUGGUUUCUAUUAUCUUUCCAAGGAUGGCAAGACUGUUGAGACCGAGCUAUGGAAGAAAGUCAACCACGAGUUAGCUGAAUAUUUGGAUAUAAAAGACAUAGACAAAGAGAUUAAGAGAUUCAUAUUUCUUCUGAACAGUUACAACGAAAUCAAGGACAUAGGACAAGAGCUUAUUGGCAAAAUAGCUAAUCUAAGGCAAACAACAGCAAAAGAUGUUCAUGAGGAAUUGGGGAUGGAGAUAGAAUAG